AUCAGCGCUCACUGCACUUGCAAAGCUGGGUAUGUACUUUUUAAGUUUAUGAUUGUAUAUUUUUCUUGGUGGCUUAUACAAUUUAGUAAGACAAAAAUAAACAUUAAUUAAUGAGAAUAAAUUUUAUUAUUAAACCAGUUAUUGAACCAGGCAUCAAGUUAAUGCCAGGGUGUCAAUAUAAAUGGGGAAUCAUGAAGGUUGAAGUACCUUAAAUGUACCGACUAUUUCAAAAAUAUGCUUGAAAAGCAUUGUCAAUUUAUUUCAAGUAUUAUAAAAAAAAAUUCAGAUUGGGUGAAGCUUGUAGUCACAUUGCUGCUUUGCUGUUCAAGAUGAUGUCUGCAGCAUUGUAUGGCCUCAAUGAAAAGUCAAGGACAAGUGUCUCCUGUGCUUGGAACCAGUUUUAUAGGAAAAAGGUGCAGCCAAAACCUUUGGACAUGAUUAAUUUCGACAACCCAAAACCUCUCCGGAAGAAGCGCCGUCGAAGAGUCCUUUCCACUUCUGUCGAGAACGAUGAUGGGUUUGACGCAGCCGAGGCACUCCGCAGUCUAAAGCGCAUUUGCCCUUCCGCAUGUAUCCUGACUAAAGGCGACUCUGAUACUGACACUGCAUCAGAAGAUGAAGACUUACCACCAGUGCUGAGCAGAUUCCAUGAGGUGAAACAUGAGUCACUGAGCCCUACAGACCUAGAAGACAAAUGUCAGCGAUUUGUUCGUGACUUUCAAGUACUACCCCAACAGGUCAUGAAUCUCGAGGCGAUGACAAAGGGCCAACAAGACAGUGUUCUGUGGCAACGACAGAGAAGGGGGCGAAUAACAGCCACAACAGCACAUGAUGUUCUGACCUUAAAGCAAGCAACAACAAAGUCAAAUUUGCUGAAGAAAAUAAUGAAGUACCAUGAGUGUGACCUUUCACGUCUUGAUGCCGUUAAGUUUGGCAGACAGCACGAAGAAACAGCAAGAUCAAUGUAUAGUGAUAAAAUGAGGCAAAGUCAUGAACACUUUAAUGUAUCUGAUUGUGUUUUUUUUUGUUGACAGCACAUUCCCAUUGUUUGCAGCUACACCCGAUAGACUCAGGGAAUGUUCAUGUCAUGGCAAGGGGCUUGUAGAGAUCAAGUGCUCAUACAAACAUAGAGACUCAAAAAUAGAAGACAUUAAGGAUCAGACUUUCUUCCUUAAUAGUGACAAUAAACUGAAAACUAACCACCGCUACUAUUCACAAAUUCAGUUUCAACUGUAUGUUUCUGGGAAGACAUUUUGGAAUUUCUAUAGUUGGAAACUCGGGUGAUGAUUUUAUCAUGAAUAUUCGUUUAAAAUAAGUAAACACUUAAAGUGCAC